AUGAGCCUCCUGGACGCCGGCGCCCUUGAUCUGGACUACAGCUCCGGGCGGGUGCGCGGGGUGCUGGCGGCCGCCGGCUGCGCCUUCUACCUGGGCGUCUUCGUGGUCUGCCACUGGCUGUCCUCCCUGAAUGCCACCUACCGCUCGCUGGCGGCCCGCGAGCGGGUCUUCUGGAACCUGGCAGCCGCGCGCGCGGUCUUUGGCGUCCAGGGCACCGUGGCGGGGCUGCGGGCACUGCUGCUGGACCCCGUGCUCCAGGCCGACAAGGCGCUCGGCCAGCAGGACUGGUGCUGGUUCCACAUCGCCACGGCGACCGGCUUCUUCUUCUUCGAGAACCUCGCCCUUCACGCGUCCAACGUGCUCUUCCGCACCUUCGACGGCUUCCUGGCCGUGCACCACCUCUUUGCCUUCCUGGGCUUUCUCGGCUCAGCGGUCAACCUCCAAGCUGGCCACUACCUGCCCAUGGUCACGCUGCUCCUGGAGAUGAGCACGCCCUUCACCUGCAUCUCCUGGAUGCUGCUGAAGGCCGGCUGGGCGGACUCACGGCUCUGGAGGCUGAACCAGUGGGCGAUGGUGCACCUUUUCCACUGCCGCAUGGUGCUCACCUACCACAUGUGGUGGGUGUGCCUGGGCCACUGGGCCAGCCUGGCCCGCAGCCUCUUCCCGCCGCACCUGGCGCUCUUCGUGGUCGGCCUGGCCCUCCUCACACUGCUCAUCAACCCCUACUGGACCCGCAAGAAGACGCAGCAGCUGCUCAACCCCGUGGACUGGAACUUCGCGCCCAGCCGCCCCAACGGGCCAGCGCCACCCAAGAAGGCCAGGUAG